UCCUUUUUCUUCGGUAAUGGCGUUUAUGGAUGAUCUCUUCAGUGAUGGUGGCUGGGGCGGCUUUGGCGGUCGAUCGAAGGGACCCUUCGAUCCAUUCUCUUCAUUCUACGCGCCAAAUUUCGCCCAGAAUUUCUCCAAAGGCGGUGGUCCGAAGAAGCAGCAGCAAAGGGAUCCAAGGUAUGAGGCUCGCAAACCUUCUUCUCCGGCGCCGCGGAAGUCUCCUCCGCGGAAGGAGCCCGUGAUCGACGUCCCGAUCGAGGAAGCUAGGGUUCCUUCUCCCAAGAGGUCGGCGGCGGCGGCAGCAGCCAAGCCCGAGAAGAUUCCCAAGAAGAUCUUCACGUUUCAAUCCCAAGACGGCGCGGCCCGGAAGAUCCAGGCGGUGUUUCGCGGGUUUCUUGUGAGGCGAUGGAAGCCCAUCAAGCAGCUGCGCAACAUCAAGGCGAUCGCGAAGGACUUCGCGGUGAUCAGGGAGAGUGUGGCCGAUGCUGCCAAGUUUAACGCCAUCCUGGAGGAUCGCAAGGAGAGGAUGAUGCUCAACGAGCGCGUGACGCUCCUGCUACUGAAGCUGGACGAGAUCGACGCUGUCCAGCCCUUCGUCAAGGAAGUGAGGAAGGCCUUGAUCGUGGAGCUCCAGCAAUUCUCGAAGCCCAUGGAGGACAAAGAUCGAGAAGAGCACGAGAAGAACAGAAGCAAAGCUCAGGACAUCCAGAUCGAGGACGCGGAGGAUGACCGUGAUGGAGAAGAGGCUCAAGACAUCGAGAUCGAAAACGCGGAGAACGAUCAGGACGAUGAUUUCUUCAUCGUCAAGCACGGCGAUGCCGAGGACUCGAUGGACACCGAGCCGGAGAGCACGAUCUCGGAGGAGGAAGAUCUUCACAGCCCCGAGAAGAUUGAUAACCAGGAAGUUCCAGUGUCGAGUGAAGCGGUCGAGCAAGAUCAAAUCUCCGGGCAAACAAGCAUGGACGUGGACGUGGUGAAGAAGCUCAUGGAGGACAAUGCGCAGCUCAAGGCGAUGGUGGCCAAGUGCCUGGAAGGGAUCCAGUGGCAAAACGCCACCAUCGCCAAGCUUGAGAGGAGAGUCCACGACUUGGAGAGAGCUCUUCUAGACUCUUCUAAGACUGAGAACUCGCAAUGUUGGAUAAGUUCUCAAUGAAAUAGAUAUGAAUGGUUUUUGCAAU